AUCAAAUGAUAAAUCAAUUUCAUAUAUUAAUUUUCAUCAUCACUUUCUAUCUGGUUCAUCGGGUACAAAGUGAUUCAUUACCUCCAGUCUACAAACACGGAUGUGUGAUUUUAGCCAAUCAAAAGAUAUAUUGUUAUGGCGGUGCCAAUCGUCAAGGAAAUUCAGGUUUCUCAAAUCAAACUUUAUCAUGGUUCGAUAGUGAAAUUUACAAUCAUCAUGUUUAUCUUGAUGUUUCCAAACCAUUGAAUGUGUCUGCUGCCAAUACUCAAUGGCAACCUGUUCCUCCAUCCAGUAGUGCCUUUCAACUCGAACCACGCUGUGAUUUUGCUAUGAUCAAUCAUAACGAUACAGGAUAUACCAUCGUUGGUGGUGCUGGUCCUUCUACUAAUCAUGGUGAUCAAAGUCUUGUUAAUGUCACUGUGGAUUACAACGCAGAUUCGAAUACUUGGGGAUCUCUCAAAAGCACAAACGAUUCACAGCCCAAAUUGAAUAUGUCCAUGGAAAUUCAAAUGUUUGGUACUCGUGGUGUGAAAAUCAGUAACUCUCAAUAUAUGAUCGCUGGCGGCAUUCCUCCUAAUAAUAAUACCGUCAUUCAAUCAAACUCUAGUUAUGUCUACGUCGAGUCAGCGGAUUCCAAUUGGGGAAGUAUGACAGCUUAUACUGAUCCUAUUACAAGAGGUGGCAACAUGUUCCCAGAACCUACGCGUGUUUACCGUGCUGCUCUGGCAACAAGCGGUAAUGGCAAUGUCUACUUCUUUGGUGGUAUGCGCCCUAUCAAUGCCACACGCAACUAUGAUUAUAUGGAUUUCAGAGGAUAUUAUACUUUUGAUUAUCUGCUCGUAUUUUACCCAUCUCAAAAUCAAACGUUCAACUCUGUUAAACCAAGCAAUCCUGACAGUUCACCCAGUACUCGAGAACUUCACACCGUGACAAGUAUUCCUAAUACAAACAAGAUGCUUCUUUAUGGUGGUGUCAGCAAUGGAGCCAAUUUUGAUUUUUGUUAUACCUAUGAUACUGUAUCUGGACUUUGGACUAUAGCCAACUUUACCAAUGGUGAUGGUGCUGGACGUCGAUAUGGUCAUCAAGCCGUGAUGGUGGGCAAUGACUUGCUUUAUAUCAUUGGAGGUAUCGAUGCCACUAACACAGUCCAAAACGAUGUACAUAUCUUGAAUGUCACCAGUAUGACAUGGUUGAAUGGACCCUAUACUAAUACUUACGAUCAAAUGAAUGGUGUCUCCUCCUCAUCCGACAACAACAACAAUAAUAAUAAUAAUAAUAAUAAUGGAAGUGGAUCAUCAUCUCUUAGUGGAGGUGCUAUUGCUGGUAUUGUUAUUGGAUGCGUUGCUGCUUUGGCUCUAGGUACCGCGGCUGCUGUGAUCUUUUAUAUGCAACGCAAAAAGAAGCACCUGUUGGCAUCUGGUACUGCUCCUGCUGGUUUUGCUCCUACCACUCCCUCAACGACAAACAAUACAAAGGAAUACGACACGACAAACACCUCAAUCAACGAUGGCUCCACCACUCUUUAUUCAUCAAAUCCUGCUGAUGGCACAUCUGGUCACGCUUCUACUCCUGGCACCAUAAAACCGAGCAUAUAGUAGCUUUUCCCAAUCUUCACCUUUACAUUGUAUUUUUUAUACAUCUACCGUCUAUUUUACAGUUACUUUUCUUUUACCCCCUUUUUAUAUUAUUUUAAUAAAUAAUAAAAAUGACCUAUUUAUUCUGGCAAUUGAUUUACGUGGUGAUGGAUGAAAUGAUGAUUUCCCUGAAUAGUUUUUGCAUUAUACAAUAUUAUCUACUUUAAGAUUCCUUGUAAAAGCCCAUGACUCGG